GAUAAACCUCGUGACUAAUCGCCUUACUGACAUACCAGAGGGAACGUCCAAAGAGUAAAGUAUUGAACUACAUUUGCAAGAAAGAAAUUUUGAAAGUAGAAAGAAAGGAAGCAAAAAUGACUCUUACGGAUUUAAAACAAGAUAUGAAUAACAAUAGCAUUGAUAAGACUGCUGUUGAAGCAGGAAAGAUUUUGAAGGAAGUUGUUUCAGAAGCAGACAAAGACAGUCGUGUAGUAAAUGGAACACAUAGUUGUGCAGUACAUUUACAGCACUGUCCAGACAACAUUAUGGCAUGUAUUCUAGCAGAUUAUGGACCUCUCCACGAUGUUACCAUUAAUAUAGAACACACUCUACUGGAGGCAUACUGCAUGGAAAAUGGUAUAAGAGUUCUAAAGGUUGACAGUUCAGAGAAAAUAAAGAAAUUCUUGGGCACUUUACCCAAAAAUGGCAAAUACACAGAAAGGUCUGGAGACUAUACCUGUCUGCUGUUAAAGAAUCCCAAAGUCGUGUAUGAUAAAGCUGCAGACACGUUAUUGAAGUUUGAUAAGUUGUAUAAAGUUUGGGGCUGGCAUGUUAUUGAGUUUCCGGUUUGAUGUUGAAUGAACCCAGCCAUCUGUGUAUAUUUCUCAUAAACUUUUCUGCCCAAUUGCAGUAUAAAAAGUAAAAAAAGAAUGAAGAGGUAGUCCUGACAGUUCUGUCGGACGCGUUGUACAGUCUUUAUUGGAACGUCUCAACAGUUAUUGAUAACGUUGGACCAGUCUGAUUAGAUGACUACGUACAUGUAUGUCAAGGCCCUGACGAGUUGUACAUAUGUAUAAGGGAUAAAAAAAAUCAUACAAAGAUUACAGACCCGGGAGGAGUCCUGAAAUUUUUUUUAGGAAAUGUGACAUGUUAAAUAUCAUUAGAAUGUUUAUAAAUCAUCAGUUAUGUUUGCAUGUUCAUUGUUUUCCUAGUUAUAGAAAUAAAAGGAAUAUCAAUUAAA